UGUUAUUUUUAUUUUUUUUAACCAAUUGGAUGAUCCUUGUUUGGAUUUCAUUUGGCUAUCAAACUACUGGACAAAUUUGACUAACUCACAUCUCUUGACAAAAAAGUCGUGGUCCUUUCCGUAGUUGAUCGAAAUCUUUUAUGACUGAUACGGGUAAAUAGUCAAGGUACUUAUGCUUUGACAUUGAAUACUGCGUUUUACGGAAGCCCAGUUGGUGAGGGAUACCGGAAAUUAUGGUUUGACCUCGAAUUAACUUUUGUAGUGUGUGUUCCGCAAGGUGGAAAAGACUAAGGGAAACAACAAGUUGCGUGCAAGAACUGCUCGAGGAUUAUUACCCAACCAACAGACACAAAUGYCGGUACCUAUGGAAGGCAUUUGUUAAACGACGCUUAAUUCUCUUGUGAAUUGAAAUCAUUCAUUAUUUUUGUCUUCCUAAGUGGAUCCAGUUUGUAUUUACUUAGGAGUAACAAUCGUGCGCGUGAGAGCGUGGCAUUUACGCACUUAGAUGCAAAACCAACAAGCCUGCAAUCUAGGAAUCUGCAAGGAGAUUGAUCGAUGGUGGCAACAACGGCUGCCAUUGGAUGCGCAACUCAAUCAUUCUUUCUUUUUUUUUUUUUGACGGCAGUUCAACACGAACAACAUGGUUAUCUUUUUGGAUGGACUUAUGCAUCCUUUUGUGGUGUGCCGAAAGGGGUAUUUAACUCGUAGCAAAGAAUCCCAGGCAUUCAAAGCGGCUUGUUUUAUGAACAUAAUACGGCAACUACACAUCAGUGGAUUCCAUGGCGCAUAUCCGUGAAGUUUAUUCCUGAAGUAGAAUCUAUUCUAAAACCUGGCUCAUACCAGGUGCCUCGCAUGUGGAGUGUAUGAAAUCUUCAGGAAACGUCACAAGCACCAAUAAUAGUAAUUGUCGAUAUGCACCCCAUUGGAAUGUCAUACUUUAAUAGUCGGCACUCGGGCCUUUCUUCAGAGGUUAACAAUUAUCGUCCAACACUAAUUCACGUCUGGGGUAGAAAAGAGAUAUUAAUAAGCUGUCGGCAGUCGCGCCUUUAAUACAUUCUUAUACUGUGGUCCAAACACAAUGGUGGAGAACGGAAGGAAGGCCUUCGUAUUCACGCUACGAGAACACAUGACUUGCUAAGUUUCUAAACGUAACGACACCAUGUCGGUACUUCGGUCAUGACGAUACAAAUUGCACCAGACACUCAUUGGAAUCAUCAUUAUCGUCUAUCAUCUCAAGAGGAAUGGAGCUCGCAAUCAUCAAGUUCAUGUGUUUGUCAGUUUUGAUGGGUUUACAGAUGGUAACCUCAUCUUCGAAGGUGAUUAAGAAAAUAGACUCCCACAUCGCUAAACAAGCAACAACUAAAGGAGUUCUGCGGCAUCGUCCAACUACUCCUGCGAAACCACAACAUAACGAAUCCGAUUGGACGAGAAUUUCUAGGCACCCAACCAACUAUGCAAUUGUCAAAAUGUACUCCAGGACAGGAUACUUCCUAGAAAUUCCUUCUUCAAGAAAAAUCCAAGGCACAAAACAUCGUCACAGCAAGUUUGCUAAUUUAAUCAUGGAGUCAGUCGGUAAAAGUAUCGUACGGUUUAAAGGUCAAUUAGCACAGAAAUACUUAGCAAUGAAUGCAUAUGGAAUUCUUUAUGCAACACAAACCUUAAAUGACGAAUGUCUUUUCAAAGAAAAGCUCGAAGAAUCAGGAUUUCACACAUUUUCUUCAAAUGAAUACAGUGGAUCCAACAGCAACAACCAGAACAAGGAACUAUACGUGGCAAUCAAGAAAAAUGGUAAAGCAAAACAUGGUGUUAAUACAGCCAAACGACAACGAGCCGUGCAGUUCAUUGUGCUACGUAUAUUUAGAUGAUAGUGGUAUAUAUAACUAGCAAGAAGACAAUCGGCUGACAUACUUUGACCGAAAAUGUUGAAAUAUUGUGCGACGAUCGAUCGACUUGUUGUGAAGAUAGAGUUAAUAUACGAAAUCAUAUAUUAYCGUAGGUAUGAGAUCUGUUAAAUUAUAGAUCAAUAGGCCUUUUUCUUCAGGGUGCGCUUUUCGUUCUCCAAACUUUUACUCCUGCACCGAAUUGUUUUGGGCCGGAUAGGAUAGGAAACUACUUCUGUCUUCUUAAAGUUUGGAUGCGCACGCAACCCGGAGCCUGCAGUCCUCCAAGUCAGCAACGGGAAAUGAAAAUUGCUGACCGGGAGGAGCGCAGGCUCUAGAUAMGAGAUUGCACACACAACCUUUAUUACAAAAUAUUUUGCAUCCGAGAAAGUUUUGGCAGUCAGCAUCGAAUUAUCAGCUUUGUCGGUUAUAUUAGCCGUGUUUUAGAAAUCCUUUAUUAAAUCAAUUAUGAAACUAAUUAUCAAAACGAACAGUUUUUAAUGAGCAGAAAACAGUCGCAGUCAUGAAUAACUGCAACAUUCAAUCCUUAAAUGGURUUAAACGGCUGUCUCUAAACCAAUCAAAGAGCGAAAUGAUUGUUUUCAACCAAUCAUAGUAGUGCUUGAUUACCGAAGCCAUUUGGGUGUCAUGGUUACCCAGGGUUUCCCGCUUAUACAAAACCUGCUCUAUUUAUUGUUCAUGUGUUUGUACAUAUACAUAUAUAAAAUAGGAAUGUAUAUAAAGAAGCAAGGGAUGUUUAUGUCACGUGAUUSGAUUUUGGCGGGAAAAUUAGUAAGUGCAGUCACAAUUAGUUAUAGUCAGGGAUGAAGAAAUUGCAAAAAUGGCAUCUAUCUCAGUACCAAAGUCAACACAUCUUUCCAGCUUUUGCUUUUGYAUAUAGAGGCUUUUCGCGCACCAUCACGUGAUGGCAGCCAUGACCGGAGGCAGGGAUAAUUGAAUCUGGUUUAAUCUGAUUUAUGUGAGACAGAAUUCAGGAAAGACUAUAUUCGGUUGGCCUCCUGUGGACCCUCCUCUCAUGGUUACCAUCCCGCGAUGGUUCAAAGCKGCCAUUCCAGAAAACAUACACCAUGAAGUUCCUCUAGUCUAGGGAUAAAUAUGUGCCUUAUCCAUGCACUACCAGAGGAAAAAUCUCUAGGACUUAUUUUCCUGCAUAAUGGCCAUGCGGUCAAGUAUGAUGUAAAGGUAAUAUAAGAGAGAGAGGAUAAUGAAUGGAUGAUAGUUAAGUGAUUAAAUGCUGGUAAUAUUAUGCGACUUAUCACAUAAAAAGGACAAAAACUCAA